CUCAUGUAAAACCAGAUUAAAAACACAAGAUGGCUUCCUGAAUGGGCUGCUGGAACACAGACGAGAGAGAGAGAGAGAGACGGAGAAAGAAGAGUGGAGAGGUAGAGAGAGAGAGAGAGAGAAAGAGAGUGUGAGAAGAAAGGGAUAGAGGUGAGGACAAGAGGAAGCCUGAGUCUUCUGAUGGGGAUUCGGCCAGCGGACGCAGGAGUACAAACCAAGGCAGCUCAGAGGCUUAGAGGGUGGAAUAUUUUGAAGACAACCGACGAGGCAGCUUGGGAAACCCUGAACUGGCAGCUGAGACUGUUCGCGAAGUCACUUCAGUGGAUGGCCCCAGAAGUGGAGGCCAGAUGGAAAUUGGGUCACAUGACCGCCUCCAGGAAGGCUCGCUGAGCCUGGAACUGGCCAAUGGGGUGAAUCGCUACCCUAAUGAUGAUUCGACAUCUAGUGAAACAGAGCAACAGAGGGCAGGAAGUGUGCCUCCAAGGCAAAGCUGGUUGUCAGGACAUGGCAAGGUCAGUGACAACCAACAACAGCAGCCAUGUUGGAACAGCAACAGCGGUACAACCCCUGGUGAACCUGUCCACCAUGCAGACAUGGAGGAUGCCCGCAAUCUGGUGGCUUUUUCUGCUAUUGCUGGCUCCUUGCCUCCUUCUUCCUCCUCUUUCUGCAUGCAGCCCAACACAUCCCAGCUGUAUGAGAAGUUCACCAAGGAGAUGGGUGUUGAUGGGGCGCAGGCCAAACUCUCUGCAGGAGCUCCUGAGGGAAGCUGCCAAACUCCAGAAGACCUGAACACUCUACAGUCAGCACUGAGCCAAGCCAAACAUGGACACAAGCCCCCUAACUGCAACUGUGAUGGGCCCGACUGUCCAGACUACCUCGAGUGGCUGGAGAAGAAGAUUAAGUUGGCAACCAAUGAGGAUCAAGGUGCCUGCAAGAUGGCUGACGUUCCCCCACACUUGAAGCGUCACCUACCACAAACCCAUUUGCAGCAUCCCCGUCAGCCCUACACCCAGAUGAAUGGUGGCCACCGUCUGUCUGCUUCAUACCCCCAGCAGCAACAGGGAAGUCAAGGCCCUAAUAUAGACCAAGUGCACUGCUUGAAACCCCCAAUUCCCUGCUCUCCCCAGGUGCUCUCCAUAGCCAAGGAAAAUAAUAUCAGUCUUCAGACAGCCAUUGCCAUAGAAGCCCUGACCCAGUUAUCUGGGACUGGUCCGCAAGCUGCCGGCUCUCCAGGUCAGCUUCCCUACCACAGUAACCUCCAUCACCACCAACAUAUCCAGAACCUCCCGUCUCAACCCCCCAAUGGCACUAGCUUGAUCCCCUCCUCUCCUGGAACCAACUCAUCUUCCUCACGCUCUCAAUCCGUCCCUCCAGGACUAAACACCAUUCAGCAGGCAUCAGUCUCCUUUGAGCACCACAGGCCCCAAUCCCAGGGCCAGCCACCCCAUGCUACCCCUCUCCCAUCCUCUACCUCUCCCUUCCCAGGUCAGGGAAAACAUCCAGGCUUCAGCCCUAAUCCCCAGCAAUGGCAGCAGGGCUCAGGCCGAGGCUCUGAACAGAGGAACCCAUGGAUGUGUAUAAAGUCUGAGCCCCAGUCUCACUACGCUGCUGCACCUCACAGCAGCUCAGACCCCAUGUCAGAGCUCAAACAGCUGCUUGGUGACACCAGCAGCAAGUUCAGAAACGCUCAUUUCAAGCUUCCAGUCAAACAGCAGAUUGGCUUGAACCAGAAUGGAGGUAUCCAGGCCCAGGACAACCCAGCAUUGGCCAGGAUUAAGCAAGAACCAGACUCUGGAGAGAACUACCAUCACACUGCCUCCAUGGGACAUUACUGCAUGUCUAAUGGUCAGCAGCAGGGUCAGCACUACCCUGGCCCUCCCCUGUCUCCUGGCCAAGCAGCCAUCAGCCACUCCACUCAGGCAGCUCUGCAACAGCACCUUCACUACAAGAGGAACCUCUUCUCUAAUCACUCCCCUGGCUUUGGAGCACUAGGCCCUCGUGCACCUAUGGCUUGUCAAAACUUGAAAAAAUGGUGGCCACAGAUGGACGCAGAAGGUUUGCCGCAUCCGCCCAUCAAACAGGAACCCAAGAAGAGAAAAAGCAGUCAAGGAUCUCCUGUCAUAAAAGGUAUGAGUGGGAUGCUUGCAGUCUCUCCCCUGCCCAAACCCAAACAGAUAAUCAUCAAGAAAACCAAGCAGAAAGCCUCCAUGCCAACCUUCCUGCCUCAAUCUCAGAUCAGCGUACAAAAACCAUCAGUCCUCAUGGUGGACAGAGCCUUGGCCCUGAACAGCCUGCAACCAGGUUCUCUCCCCUCUCUGCCCCUCCACAGUAACUCCACUCAGGCUGCUGCUGCAGGCCUCCCUGCCCCAGCCCAAUCUCAGGUAUCCAUUUACAACUCCUCAAUGACUCCCUCUUCCACUGUUUCUGCUUUGUCAGAAAACACUCCAGCCCUCAUGGGCCCUCUGCUCCCACCUGUGGCCCCUGAAGCCGAUGCUAAGUCAGAAGGAGUGGGCAGCCUGGCCUCCAGGAACACCAGCACCACCACACCUGUGACCUCCACAUUUCCAUCCAGCACCUCACAAUUACAGAGCGUCAUCAACAUAGACCCGAAGUACGAAGAACUGAUCCGCCAGUUUGAGGCUGAAUUUGGGGACUCAGCUCCAGACGCAUCCACCGGUCAUCCGAUGGAGGAGACUGCUACCGCCCCUCAGCCGAGGAAUCAAUCCCAGACCAGUCCUCAGGACUUCACUCCCACAUCAACUUCCACCUCCCAGUCGGCUCCCUUAAUUCUCGCCACUCAAGCCAGCUACACACCUCAUCCAGAUGAUCAGAAGAUGGAAGUCAGCAAGGAUGAGUCAGGGACCCAAAGUGAAGCAACAUUGAACCAGGCAUCCACAGAAAGCUCUAUGAGGGAUGUCUCUCUACAUCAACAGGCUUUUCUGCAGAAGCAGCGGCAGCCCUCUGUGUUAGAGGAUACAUUCAACAUACCGUGUUCUCCGCUACCCAAACGCAUGAAGAUUGAAGCCUCGGGUGAUAUAGCAGUACUUUCCACUACAUGCUAUUCUGAGGAGGACACACCCACUAAGGACAGCCUACCUUCUUCUCCAUCUCUCAGAGGCUUCCUAGAGUCUCCUCUGCGUUACUUGGACACCCCAACCAAGACCUUGCUGAGUACUCCUUCCAAGGAUCUGCAGGCAGAGUUCCCCACCUGCACCUGUGUGGAACAAAUCCUGGAGAAAGAUGAAGGGCCCUACUACAAUCACCUGGGAUCUGGACCUACUGUGGCCUCCAUACGAGACCUGAUGGAGACGAGGUACGGAGAGAAGGGGAAUGCCAUCCGCAUUGAGAAAGUGGUGUACACAGGGAAAGAGGGAAAGAGCUCACGAGGAUGUCCUAUUGCUAAAUGGGUGAUCCGUCGUAGCAACGAGACAGAGAAGCUGCUGUGUCUGGUGCGUCAUCGUGCAGGCCACCACUGUGCCAACGCUCACAUCAUCAUCCUCAUUAUGGCCUGGGAAGGUGUCCCCAGGGCCCUGGCUGACAAGCUGUACCACGAGCUCAGUGGCACCCUCACACAAUACGGCAACCCCACCAGCCGACGCUGCGGUCUCAAUGAUGAUCGUACCUGUGCGUGUCAAGGCAAGGACAGCGAGACUUGUGGUGCUUCCUUCUCCUUCGGCUGCUCCUGGAGUAUGUACUUUAAUGGCUGUAAAUACGCCCGAAGCAAAAUCCCGCGCAAGUUCAGGCUACAAGGAGAUCACCCUGAAGAGGAGGACAAACUCAGGGAUAACUUCCAGCAUCUGGCAACCGAGGUGGCUCCAAUAUACAAGCAGCUGGCGCCACAGGCCUACAGUAACCAGUGCCAGACGGAGUCGAAAGCUCCAGACUGCAGGCUCGGCUUGAAGGAAGGCCGGCCGUUCUCUGGAGUCACUGCUUGCAUGGACUUCUGUGCCCACGCUCACAAGGACCAGCACAACCUCUACAAUGGUUGCACGGUGGUUUGUACUUUGACUAAGGAGGACAACCGUUCAGUGAAGGAGAUUCCAGAGGAUGAGCAGCUCCAUGUGUUGCCUCUUUAUAGGAUCUCCAAGACUGAUGAGUUCGGCAGUGAGGAGGCCCAGCGUCUCAAGAUGCAGACAAACGCCAUCCAUGUGCUUCAGGCUUUUCGCCGUGAGGUGCGCAAGUUGCCCGAACCCGCCAAGUCCUGCCGGCAGCGCAGACUGGAGGCCAAGAAGGCCAACUCUGAGAAGAAGAAAAAUAAACUCAUGCAGCAGGCAGGAGAGACACCAGAGAAAACAGAGAUCAAGGCUGAGGUUUGCAUCACAGGUUCCGCUCAACCCCAAGGCAAUAAAGCAAUUAUAAAACAAGAGGUGAAGCCCAUCAUCAAGAAGGAGCCCUUCAAUGGAUCAAUACAUGGAUACCCUGUGCAUGCAGCAGACCCCUACAACAACAUCUAUCCACACCCUGCCUACUAUGCAAGGGGAGGCCUACCCCCAACUGGCCAGCCCUCUGCAUCAGACCCAGUAAACGGUUACCACCACAAUCUGCCCCCAAUGCACUAUGGCUACUACAACUACCCCCCCAAUGCACUUUUCCCCCCUAAGCUGAGGACCUACGAGGGUCGAAAUGGCGCUUUGCCCAAAGCAGGCGGAAAGGCUGUCCAGGUUGACGUGAAGCCUGAUAUUCAGAGCCUUCAGGCCAGACUGGCCCAGUCCUUCCCCAGCCACCCAGAGCAAGCCAACCAUCCAAACCACAGCGCUUACACCCAGCAUGCAGACCACAACCAGUCCCGUCCUUCCUCUGUAUGCUCCGAAACCUCCAACAGAGGCACUCCAGUCAUCAAACAGGAGCCCAUGGAUGUGCCAGUCUAUGAAGGCACGAUGCAGAGCCAGGCUGGUGCCAACACACCGAGCAACACCCCUCAGCCUGCAGCCUGGCAUGGGCACAAGCUUAAUGGAAGUAUCGUUCCCACCAACUGGGAAGGCCACCUGAACCCUAAACCAAGUCCUGAAGCCUCAUUGUUGAACCCGGACAAGCAGCAGUUUCACCAGCACCCCCAGCAGCGGCAGCCCUCUCCUUACCCCCAGCAGUGGACAUCCUACCCUGGCUCAAAUGCCCUGAUGAUUUCCCCUGCUCAAUCACCAUCACUCCAGGUACCCCCCUCUCCAUCCCCAUCCCCUCACCUAGGCACAGUGUUCCCAGGUAACAUGCACCAAGGGUCCACACGGCCCUCUACCCCGCGCCCAAGCACCCCUCAGACAGGUACACCACAGCCUGGCGGCUCUCACUCAGGCUCAGUUACACCACAGCCAGGCACCCCAGGCCCAGGCACCCCCAGGCACUGGGCAAGCCCUGCUCCCAGUCCUCAGCCCAACGCUUGGGGAAUGGGGCCUGCAUAUAGCCCCGGUUUGAAGCACAGCAAUCCUGCAGGAGCCUAUCCGGACAAGAUCUGGUCCAAGACCGGGGAAAGUCGGUGCACCACUCCCCUUGGGCUGCAAGAGAAGGCCUGGAAGUCUUGUGGAGGUUCGAUGGCAGGCAUUUCCCCGUCCCCUGCACCUGAGGGUCGUCUCUUCCCUGAUGCCCUGCAGCAGUCGGAUCAGGCCUGCUGGACUCCCGGCCGAGCUGAGAGUGACACUGAGAGCACUAGGAGCCGUAGGGACGACGACGAUGAGGUGUGGUCUGACAGCGAGCACAACUUCCUGGAUCCCAACAUUGGUGGUGUAGCGGUAGCACCCGCCCAUGGCUCCAUCCUGAUAGAAUGUGCCCGUCGGGAACUACAUGCUACCACUCCGCUCAGAAAGCCUGAUCGCUCCCACCCCACCCGAAUCUCCCUGGUCUUCUACCAGCACAAGAACCUCAACCAGCCCGUGCACGGCCUGGCUAUUUGGGAAGCCAAAAUGAAGCUGCUGGCGGAGCGAGCACUGCAGAGGCAGCAGGAGGCGGCUCUCCUUGGCCUCUCCCAGGAGGACAUCAAGGCCCUCGGGAAGAAACGCAAGUGGGGGGCUACGGUGGCAGGUGCCAGUCCAGGACCUGGACAAUCUAUAGACAAGAGGGAGGGGCCAGUAACGCGGUUAGCCCCCACCUUCCACACCUCCUCUAUGGUUACUGUGUCUCCCUAUGCCUUCACCCGUCUCACUGGGCCCUACAGCCACUUUGUCUGAGGUCAGACGGAUACGACAGACUGAUAGCUACAGAGUGGUGCAGUGGAGGGCUGGAGAGAGCAACGAGCAGGAUGAAUGUCUCUCAGCCGUCCCACAGUCUGGCAUCUCUCCAUCCUGCCCCCUCCGCAGUCCACUUGGAGGAGGGGACAUUUUUAUUGUUUUUUACCUCAUGUCAGGCAGUUGUUUGGGCUUCAGACCCUCACUGCCUGUGGUGCUCUUCCUCUCUCUUCCCUGGAGAGGAUCUCCAUUGCUUUUUCUUGUUCAUAGAAUUUUAAUGAUUCUAAUUAUUGCUAUUAUUAUCAAUAUUAUUAUGAUUGCUA